AGCUGAAACCGAAGAAAAACAACUUGUCUCCAGUGUCUGUCAGAGGUGCUGUAACAAUGAGCAAGAAUAUUCAGGAAAUAAGGGAGGCCCCAGAAAGACAAACGAAAGAUGUGAAACUCGAGGAAGAAUCUGUCAGGUUCUCAGUGGAAUCUCUCACACAUUCUCUUAAUCGUGAGGAGACUUUACCAAGGGGCAACAUGCCUAGCAUGGGUGCUGUUAGCCCUUUGCUCAGCAACCCAAACACUUUAGCUUCUUCUGUUUUCAGCACAGCAAUGGAAACCUCAGCCUCUUCUGAUACUGCUAGCAGCCACCCCAGAARUGUUUUCUAUUCAAAAUAUGAGAAGGACAUUGAUUCCAUGAAAAAAAACAUAGGUUAUUCUGGCAAAAAACACGUAGAGAAUACCCAGGAAGAAUACUCUCAGAAAGUCAGAGAUCUACAGAGGUGGCUCAGUGAAACCACAGAGCUACAUGAGCAACAAAAAAUCAGUUUAAAACAGACCAUUUCUUAUUUGCAAACAAAACUAUUGGAAGUGCAGCUGGAAAGAGAUACACUUGAGGAUAUGAGGCAAAGGGAGUCCCACAGCCAAGAGAGCAUAAAAAUGCAGCUUAAAACUACCAUUCAGGAGCUAGAAACAGCCAAUUGCCUGCAGGAGGAGAUGCUGAGGGAGGCUGACAGCCAAAGAGAGCAUCUCAAAAAGAUGGUCCGUGACCAUGAGGAAGUCCUCAUGGAACUGCGUGGCAUCCUCAUGGACUACAAAGGCAGCCCAAGCAAGAAAGCCUUGCAGGAGCAAGAGCAGGAGAACACUGCCAGCUUCCACAUCCACAAUCUGAGCACAGCCUUUACGGAGGUCCUAAGGGAUUUAGACUCAGAGGUGGUGUACCUCAAAGAAAAGGUUGUUCGGGUGGAGGAAGAGUUGGAAUCACUGAAAAAAGACUCUCAGACCAAAACAGAUCUUCUGCUUCAGCAGCAUCAAAAUAGGAUUGAGCAGCUAGUAAGUGAACAUGAACAGGAGGUGGCAGCACUAACUGAAAAAGCUAACAGUGCGCACAGCCAUGCAAAUAGUAUCCAAAGCCAGAUGGAGAUCAUUCAGGAACAGACAAGAAGCCGAAAUUCAAUGCAUGCACAUCAAGUUAGUCAGCUGGAAUCCACUGUUUCUCAGCUGCGUUCUGAAUUACGCGAAGCUAAGAGGACGUACGAGCACAAGGUAGAAGAYCUUGAAAAGCAGUUGCACCUAGCUCGUUCUGAGAUGGCAGAGGCUCAGACACAACGAGAUCAAUAUAGCCAAGAAUCUGGAAAUCUGGAUGACCAGCUUCAUCAGCUGUUGUCUGAACUGCAUAAAAAAGAGAUAGAACUAAAUCUAGAAAAAGAGCAGAACAAGAGAUUUUGGGAUCGGGACAGAGACAGCAGCAUCACUAUUGACCAUCUAAAGAGAGAACUGGACACCAAGAACAUGGAAUUGAAGCACGUGGAAAACACAGUGAAGGCRAUGAGGAUUGAAUGUCAGGAACAAAUGGAGUGCCAGAUGGCUGCCAUUAAGGAAAAAAAUGAAAGCAUUGAAAGAAUCUCUUCCCUGACUGUCCAACUGGACUCAACCAAAGAGAUGCUCCGUAAAGUUAGGGAAGAUCUUAAAGUCAAGCAGAUGAAUUUGGAGGUGGCUGAGAGAACAGUAUCAAAUCUGACAACUUGCCUGCAGGAGAAAGAGAGUGCCAUUGAUGUUACCAAUAAGGAAAUCAAGAAGCUACGUGCCCAAGUUAGCAGUAGGACGCAGGAGCUUCAGCAGCUGAAGAAUGAAGGAGACCGUUUGCAGAGCGUGCAGUCUGAGUGUGACACGCUGAGACUGCAGGUGGUAGAAAAAGAAAGGAUUAUUGGGAUCUUGCAAAAGCAAAUUGAUAAUAUGACCCAGAUGGUGGGCCAGCACAGUCGAGCUGCUGGAGCGAUGGAAGUGGAGAAGUCCCAGCUUAUUAAAGAAAUCAAUGAAUGGAAGAUGGAAGCACAAGAAAUUAAGAUUGUAAAGGAGGAAAAAGAAGCCAGAAUACUUGAUUUGGAGGCCAGGCUGAGCGAGCUGGAAUUGGAAAAGGUUAAGCUGGUGAACACAUGCACUGAAAGGCUCCACACAGUUAAGGAUAUGAAACUGGAAAAAGAGCAGCUAAUGAAGGAGCUGAAAGCCAGUCGUGGUGAGCUAGCUGGCCUUACAGAGGAAUAUGAAGAUUUAAAGAGAAACUUCCGAGGUAAAACUGAAGAGAUGGAGAAUAAUGCUAAGAAAUUGAAAAUGCAGUUGAAAUCAGCCAAAGCUGAGCUAGAUCAGACCAGAGCUGCUCUAAAGACUAUGGAAGGAUCUGAUGGCCAUGCUAUGAAAAUUGCAAUGGGAAUGCAGAAGCAAAUCACAGCCAAGAGAGGACAGAUAGAUGCAUUACAGAGCAAGAUUAAAUUCUUGGAAGAGGCAAUGACAAAUGCAGCUAAGGAAAAGCAUUAUCUCAAAGAAGAAAAUAAUAAACUAAGCCACGAAUUGAGCUAUAUUGUCACAGAAAAUACCAAGAUGGCUGGGGAACUGGAGAUCCUUAGGUCGCAAGACAAACGUCUGAAAGAAAAAAUAUCCAGGAUGGAGACAGCCCUUGAUAAGGCAUCCAUGCAGUUUUCAGAGUGCCAGUGCAUAAUCCAGUGCCAGGAACAAGAAGCAAUGCGCUUCAGGUUGCAGCAUGCUUUAGAUGUGAAGGAGCUGCAGGGCCCGGGCUUCUCCUCCGCCUCGGCCCCAGGCCGGCAGCGCGCGGCGCUGGCGCUGCCCCAGCAGCACAACGCGAGCGGGCCGCCCUGCCUGCCCGCUGCCAGCUGCCUUCCUCACUUCACACCCAAAUCAGGCAUUUUGAAGGAGGAACCACUUCGAGAUUUAAAGAAGAUUCUUCAGGAAUUAAGCUCAGACAGUGAGAUCCCCGCUGUGGCUCUUACCAAGAAUGACAGUGACGGGGCAAGAACAUCACCUUCAGCGACCGUGAGGAGCACCGUAGAAACGCCAGUUAGAGACUCAGGCACAGUAAGCAGCAUGGAGCAGGAUACCGUCAGCUGGGAUCCUUUACCUUUGUGUACAGCAGAUCUUCAGUCCCAGGAUGUUUCGCUGCCUUUCACAUCCACGGGUGGAGCAUCCUUCUUUUUAGCAGCUCCUCGUUACACAUCCUCCCCCAAGAAGGCCCUUGGGGAAGAGAGGGGCCGACCAAGGUCCCCAGUGCACUCGCUGCUGACUGCUCCGACGCUCGCCCUUGACGAUGCUCCUAGCACUUCAUCGGCUGUGCAGAAGGGAGGCUCUCCAGAAGCUACAGCCACAGGCACCCGGAUACUAGCUUCUCAGCCUGUGGAGACUAGUGACAAUACAUCGAGGAAGCUACAGAACAAGAUGGAAAGUCUGCAGAACCUGGUGGAAACACUACAGAUGAAAAAUCAAGCAAUGUCAUCAAUGAUCAGAACUCAGGAGAAGAAGAUAGAGAAAGUGAAAGAAAAGGAGAAAAAAAUAGCUAAAUGAAGACAUCUUAUGCCUUAGUAAUUGCUUUCA